UGUGCGGACUUCCGCAGUGUAAAUCACGGAACGAUGAAUGACAUACGAUCCCAUAAAUAAGCAGCACCCCGCCAGCCCUCCUCCCAAACAGAUCACCGAAGAUCCCAACCCCACGCACAAUGUCAACCAUCGCCAUAAUCUCAGCAGGAGCAAUGGGCUCCGCAAUAGCAAAACGCCUCGUGAACGGCGGCUGCACAGUCUACACCAACCUCGACGGUCGCUCCGACGCAGCCCACCAACGCGCCCGCGACGCAGGGAUGAUAAUCGUCCCCCUCGAAACGCUAGUAUCCAAGUCAAAGUGGAUAUUAAGCAUCGUGCCUCCGGGAGAAGCGUUUGCAUUUGCGCAGAAGAUAGAGGGGGUGGUGUCCAAUCCUACUUCCAUGUCCCAUGACUCCCAUGCCCUUCCCGUUCCGCGCGCUUUCGUCGACUGUAACGCUGUGAACCCAGAAACAGUAAAACGCAUCGGAGGGCUGUUCAAAGAAACAUCUAUGACAUUCAUUGAUGCCGGAAUAGUAGGGACACCGCCGCGAGUAGGAUGGGAUCCCACAUUUUACGCCUGUUCAGAACCAGGAUCAGAAUCAGUGCUGGAGGAGUUUUCGGCGCUGUCGCAGCACGGCCUUAAAGUAUCGUUGUUGAAAGGUGCAGGUGCUGGAAUAGGCGAUGCGAGUUCUUUGAAGCUUUGCGAGUCUAUGAUGAAAAAAGGCUCUAUUGGCCUCUUCAUGACGAUGAUGCUAACCGCCCACCGCUCCUCACCCGCAACGGCCGACGCCCUAAUGAAAGAACUUAGCAUGUCCCAACCAGCCCUAAUGGGCAGACUCAUCCAAACAGUCCCAGAAGGAAUCCCCAAAGCCUAUCGUUUCGUAGCUGAGAUGGAAGGGCUGGCAGAAUUCGUAGGAGGCGGGGAAGCGAAUGUGUUUAAGGGGUUUGCGAGGGUGUUUGAGAGAGUGUCGGGGUCGCUUGAGGGAGAUGGAGCGGAUAUUGAGACGCUGAGGAGGGGCGUAGAGAAGGCUUUGGAAUUGCAGGAGACGUCGAAGUAGGCGCUGACCCUCAUUGGCUUAAUUCCAGUUCGAUCGAGGGAGCUUCAGUUCAUAGCGGCGUACUUGAACAUUAACUGGAAGGGCUCGUCGUGGACGGUAAAUUAAUCAAAGACCAACCGUUUGCCUUGACAAUCAUCACACAAGUCCUAGACGUGUCAGGACAAAAUCGCUAACCCUCGAUUACAUAAUACCAACC